AUGAAUGAGACUCUGCAGAGGGUAGAUGCUAAUGUUAAUACCAUAGAUAGCACACUCCCUUCAAUUGUCAUUGGGCCCAAAACAUCGCAUCUCAACGAGGAACCCUUAACUACGGUCAGCAGUGCAUUAGAUAGCUUUCUAAAUGUUCAAAAUUAUAGUACUGAAACGGGAAACACAAUACAAUAUCUAAAUAUUUUCGAGUCAAACUUUGACUUAAAUGUGUUAAGUAAUAGUGAAGAGAAUGAGCUCCUAAAACAUUUUUUUACUGUAUUAGUUCCGCUGCUUGAUGCAAAUCCAGAUCCCCCUUGGCCUAAAGUAAUUCUAAGAUAUUGCACUUUCCAAGUGGCAAGAAGUUGUUUCAUUGCAUUGGCAUUCAUUCAUGUCCAUGCUCAUAAACUAGACGACCAUAGCUGCUAUAGAAAGGGGAUAACCCAUUUAAACGUAACAUUGGAAUAUUUAAUAGAACACAUUAACCAAUCCACAGAGUUGUGUUUAAAUGGAAAUGAGCAAGAGAUUGAACUGAAGGACUUUUCUACUUCGUCUAAUAUCAUUCUAGCCCUAAUUUAUGUGAACGUACUAUUUGAAGUAUUAGAAGGAGGCAAGAGCUAUAAUUCGAGACAACUUUUCAGAAUGUUCUCUACAAUUGUUCAAAAUAGAGUAUUCUCUGAUAUGCUUCUGCGAGACAAAAAUUUGCAAACGAUAGUUGUAACUUUAUCAUGGUACGAUACUAUAUCAGCCAUAGUGUCGUAUGAUUGCAGGCUACCAUUUUGUGAUACACUAUGGUACAGUUUUGAAGAUGACAAAAUUAACACAGGAAACAUCAUGGGUUGUCCAGCAGAGAUUUUUACAGUUCUAUCUAAGGUCUGCUCAUUGCGACACGAGUUGAAAAGAAAUUCGAACGAUAGGAGUAAUCAAUUAAAUGACUUCGAUGCACUUGAACUAGAAUUGUUGGCAUACCGGCGAUAUGUUCCUGUAGAUCAAGAAUAUCCUACCAAACUAAAGACAGCACAAUGCUGGGCAUUAGCCGUGUAUGUAGUGUUGCUCAAGACAACCCAGGCUGAAGAAUAUCACGCUCCAAUAAUUAAAGCAUUAAUCCAUGAGUUUGUUGAUUUGUACCAAACAAUAGAUAAGAAACAUCCAAUAUUUCUUCAAAUGGUAUGGCCAUUAUACGUAAUGGGUUGUGAAUGUCAGAAUGUUAAAGAGAGAGAAAAAAUCAUGUCGUUUGUUACUGGCCUACAGAGUAUGGUGCACGUAGGAACGUUGGAUACAUUACAGGAUAUUUUGAAUCUUAUUUGGGAGAAAGGAAUCUCAAGCCAAGAGGCGUUGCAUCAGAAUUCUUCACCUGAUUUUGACUACUUACCUUUAUAA